GAUGGUGGCGAGAGAUGGGCGGCAGGGUUUGGAUCAGUGGCGCCACUAGUGCUGCCACCACCACCACCACCACCACCACCACCACCACCACCACCACCACCACCACCACCACCACCACCACCACCACCACCACCACCACCACCACCACCACCACCACCACCACCACCACCACCACCACCACACCCAGCACCAACAGCAGCAGCAGCAGCAGCAUUAACAGGUGGUGCUACAAGGCCCUGAUUUAGGACGCUCACAACUGGCCGGUGUAG